AUGAAGCUGAAAGACCUAGAGUCAGGUUCGUACUUCGUCGAGCUGGUGGCGAGCACUAGCAUCCUGAAGACGAGCUGACGACCUCGGCCAUGGUCUUCGCACGGAACAGAACUGCAACCUCUCAAAGGCUUUGGCGAGCCAUACUCAACCGCGUGUAGCCCCUCAAGCUUGUAUCGAAUCUCACCCCCGUGCCACCCUUUCUCCGUCUUGCAGCCGCUCCCAAACGCGAACUAGAACAAUACGUCACCUCGGCGCACCUUGCCUCACGGAUGCUCUACACCGCCGAAUCCCAAUUCGGCGACUUGGACGAUAAGCACGUGUUGGAUCUGGGAUGUGGAUGCGCGGUUUUGAGUAUUGGUGCGGUCAUGUUGGGUGCUUGGUUGAGUUUGUUUUGGACUGGAACUCGUCUGCGAACUAUUGCGAUGGUCGAACUGACCCUUAACUUCUGGGAUGUAUGCAGUGAUGUUUUGAGUGUCGAUAUCGAUUCCGACGCUCUUGAGAUCGCCAAGCAGAACGUCGAAGAGAUCGAUAUGGAGGACGAGAUCGAAUUAGUCAAUGCGAGGAUAGGGGACAUCGCCGAGGACUCGUCAAUCGGGGAGGGCUUGCCGAGUCUGGAAGAAUAUUUGGCAAAUCGGGAUGGGGAGAGGAGGUUCGACACGGUCGUCAUGGUCAGUUGUGGGAGAAUGCGUUGGUAUGAUACUUCUAUAGAGAUGUGCUCAAGUGGUUUGAUACUCUCCCGGUGGCACAGAACCCUCCUUUUGGAAGUUGGAGGAAAGGGAUCGAUAUGGUCUUCUUGGAAUCGGCGUGCGAGGUGAGCACACCAUUGAUCAACUGGGGUCCGUGAUGCGAAUUAUUGAUCUGAGUGCCCGCCGUUUAUGGAAACCAGCUCGCAAAGACCGCGGUGUACUCGUUGAACAAGUCUUCGACACGGGACUACAUCUUAAAGAAAGCCAAGACUUUCGGCUUUGAAGGGACAGUCAUUGCAGAGAUGAAGGUGGGGAUAAUAUGAGAUCGUCAAGUAAAGACUCCUUCACUGACGUAUUUGUGCAUUCUCUAGUAUGAUCUCCCCAAGACGAUGGCACACCAUAGCAAGAAGUCGGUAGAUAUCCAAGUCGACAUGUGGCGCUUCGAACGAAUAAGUGGUUGA